AAAAGCAACCGACAAAAACGCUCAACGAUCGAGUCAGUAUUCAACGUUCUUACAAUACGGAUCUAACUAGACUAGGUGUCGUGAAGCGGAAUCAAAGAGAUACAAAAUCACAAUAUGAAGAUACUGAUAAUUUUGGGCUUCAUUGCUGCUGCCAGUGCAGCACCUGGAUACUAUGGUGACCACGGAUUGUCCUACGCUGCUUAUGCCGCUGCUCCAGCUCCGAUCGUGAAAUAUGCUGCUCCCGCUGUUUCGGUUGUUCACGCAGCUCCAGCGCCAGUUCUGAAGUACGCCGUUGCUCCGGCUCCAAUUGUAAAGGCCGUGGCUCCUGCCGCAACCAGCUACGCUACUUUCCAUCAGGUACAUGCACCGGUUGUAGCUGCAGCGCCAGUUGUUAAAUAUGCUGCACCGGCCCCAGUUGUAUCGUACGUUCACUCGGCCCCCGUCGUGGCUCAUGCUCCUGCUCCAUUGCUGAAGUACGCUCCUGACUAUCAUGGAUGGUAGAGCAAUAACGAACAGGCCUGAUCCCGCAAAGGUGUACUGAGUCGUCGGUUACUCAUAAAGGAGCUUCAGCAAUCGAUAGUUGCGUAGUAUCACGUUUGAUUUUUUUGUCCGUCGAUAACUCAUGUUUGUUUCGCGGUAUCAAAUAAAGUUCAUUGACAAACGAA